AUAAUUUUUAAGGAUUGAGCUUUUAAAAUCUAUCCACGUCUUAUUUUCAAAAUUCAUUAUCUAAUAAUGGAUCUUACGUGAACAUCUGAAUCCAAACCCAUCAGAUCCGAAAUCCACAUCCAAAUCGUUUUCUGGCUCUCUCAAUCCCUCAAUCUAAGUUUAAGCUGCAAAUCCAACCGGGUCAUUAUUGGUUCGAACCCACAACUAUUCUCUGUGCAUUUAUACACUAAACAGAUCCCUUUUCCGAUUGGAUCGACAUGGAAUUUCGUAAUUUUGACCCAAGAUACACUGGGGAGUUAUUGAAGCACAUGGAUAGUCAGAAUGAGGUCCUUAUGGAAGCAUAUAGAUCCAUGUUCCAUGAAUUGCGGAAACUUCAGGUCGAAGAAGAGAUGCUUAUGCGCAAGAUGCAUGAAGUUAUGUCAGCUCAUGGUCCCACUAAAAGUGUAGAUGAAGAAGAACCAGUAGCACCUGAAGCAGUACUAGCAACUAGAGAAGGGGAGCGAAAUGGCAAGACAAUUUCUGAAGCUCAACUGGUAGAGGAGGCAACUUGGGAGGCAUCAGAGACAGAGACAGAGACGAUCAAAGAGAAGUUCCCUUCUCUCUGCUUUGAGGAAAAUGCUGAAAUUAGAGAGGGUGAUAUUGAUGGGAACCCAGUUCCUAUGGUUCUUGGACAGACUACAAGUGAGAAAGCUCUUAAGGUCUACACCAAGAGGCCCAAGGCCAAAGUGCCUAAAAGCUAGCACAACCUAACAUGAACCACUAUUGGGGGAAGGGAGGAGUUAGUUAUAUAGAAAGAGAAAAGGACGUAGAAUCUGAUAUAUAGGGGGAAAGAGAAUAAGUGGGGGAUAUGUUUUGAGAUUAUUGUCGAUUGUAGCCUAGAGACGUGUCUCUGGCUUGGGGGCAUGUUCUUAUUUUCUUGUAAUUCCUUCAUCAUCUAUACACAGUAAUACAAUUCCAAUUCAGAUAGGAAUAGUUCAUAUCUUAGAGGGAAGGAAGGGGGGGGGGGGGGGGGGGGACUGUUUUUGUACAAAGGAAGUUAGGAAAAAUAGUGGAUACCUUUGCUUUGAAAUUUGUGAGUUGUGAUUGAGGUAGUUCUCUCAAUGUGAGGGACUGAAUCCUGUGUUAGGUUAUUUUAGUUUCCUUUUGUGUUGUUUCUGAAUUCCUAAGCGAAGACUUGUAUGUGUUCUGUUAUACUUUGGGAUUUCAAUCAAUAUAAACCAUUAGCAAUUUUCUCUUUAA